UUGAAACCGCAGAAAGCGCGUUAUGUGGCUGAGUGGGUGGGUGGGUUCGCUGGCAUAUAACAUAACACGCUGCGCGCGCACUACGAGAAGCAUACCUGCGCGCUCAACAACAAGCGCUGCUGCUAGGUGGGGGGGGUAAAACGGAGGGCGGUAUGUUGAUCUACUGGGUGGGCGAAUGGGUUGGAGGCAACAUGAUCGCGCGCUGUGUGCUCGAGCAAAAAACUGAAGCUUCCUUCCGGCAGCGCAGAUCGCCCGACAUCUCGCGAACCUGGGCCCCUGGCGGCACUCCGCCCUGAGCGCCCGCGCCUGGGCCCGCCGCCGCGCCAGCGCGGCGCGAACCUGCUGGCACUGGAUGCCAAGGACCAGCAGCAGGCAGGCAGAAAAACGUCGGCGCCGAGCGCCGACAGCAAAAAUCCAAAUCUACAGCGGCUUAGACGGCCCGGCGAUCUCCUCCCUGGGUGAGACCGUACGCGCCGAGCCCGACGACCGUCACAACCAGGAGAACUGCCAUCGCCGAGAAGGCGUCCAGAGCCUUCUCUGGCUCACCCCUCAGCCAGGCGAUGGAGCCCCCUUCAAGGGCGCCCGCAGCCAAGGCACCGACGACCAGAGCACCCAUCUCGCGCCGCUUCUGCUGCAAGAAGUCCAGGUACUCAUCCGCGGCCUCAGAGAAGGAGAACGGCGACUCCAUGUUCCACUUCAGAGCCGCCGCACAGCCUCAGAUGCUCAUCAAGCCGCUCCCGAAAAACCCAACGCUGUUGGACGCGAGCACUGCGAGCGUCGCGUACGGGGAGAGCCCCCCGAGGGCAAUGGUCAGGGGAACCCGUGCUGAAGACCUCCGAGGCCUGCCACACGAAGAGCACGGCGAAGAGCGCGCCGAGGGCCUUCCGGAUUGUCUCCUCCUCUCCCGCGCGUGGCCGAGGUGCGGCAGGCUCCCACGAGUUGCCGCAGCAGGGGGGCCUCGCAAGAGGCCGCCCCCCUCGCCUCUGGCCCCUGGUGCGCGCCGCCGGGAUGCGGUUCUCCGCCACGGCCUGGGCCGCCUGUGAUGGACCCCCCGCGCUCCCCGGCACGACCUCCGCCGACGCGCGCCGCGCAGCCGCGCGCUGGCCCCGCCGCGCGGCGCCCCGCCGCGGGGCG